AUGGAUUCCAGCCUCAGCAAAAAGCGUAAGCUCAAGGACGUCGACGUCGGCGACGCCACGGCACCGGUCGUAUCCAAGAAACCCAAAGACGACGAAACCCAACCGCUUUCCGACGAUGACGGUGAAGGCGACUCGGACCUUGAAACCGGCAAUGUUGCAGCCCAGGAUGCCCCCAUCCUGCCUCCCGCGGCCGAGUCGCAAGCGUUUGAACAUCUCAAUCUCUCGGAGAAGACCAUGAAGGCAAUCAAGGACAUGGAGUUUACGCAGAUGACGGAGAUCCAACGCAGGGUUCGUCUAGAUGACUCCAAGGCAGACCUGACUGCCAUACCGCCACUUCUGGCGGGGAAGGAUGUGCUGGGCAAAGCAAAGACAGGCUCGGGGAAAACAUUAGCAUUUCUUAUUCCGGCAAUCGAGACGCUCAGCUCGUUGCGCUUCAAGCCCAGGAAUGGCACUGGAGUCAUUGUCGUCUGCCCAACCCGUGAGCUGGCCCUCCAGCUUUUCAGCGUGGCUCGCGACUUGAUGAAGUACCAUUCGCAAACAAGCGGUAUCGUGAUGGGUGGGGCGAACAGGAGGGCCGAGGUGGAAAAGUUGACCAAGGGCGUCAAUUUGUUGGUCGCGACACCCGGCAGGCUACUCGAUCAUCUGCAGAAUACCCCCCAGUUUGUCUUCAAGAACCUCAGAUCCUUGAUCAUCGAUGAGGCGGAUCGGAUAUUGGAGAUUGGUUUCGAGGACGAAAUAAGGCAGAUUGUCAAGGUUCUUCCGACGGAAAGGCAGACGAUGCUUUUCUCUGCGACACAGACGACGAAGGUCGAAGAUCUCGCAAGGAUCUCCUUGCAACCAAACCCUCUCUUCAUAGCCGUCGACGAUACGGCGCAGUACAGCACGGUGGAGGGGCUCGAGCAAGGAUACGUCAUCUGCGAAGCAGACAAGCGGUUCCUCCUGCUCUUCUCCUUCCUGAAGAAGAUGCGGCAAAAGAAAAAGGUCAUUGUCUUCUUCAGCAGCUGCAACUCGGUCAAGUACUACGCCGAGCUGCUCAACUACAUCGAUCUCCAGGUCCUGGAUCUUCACGGCAAGCAGAAGCAACAGAAGAGAACAAACACCUUCUUCGAGUUCUGCAAUGCUGAAAAGGGCACUUUGAUCUGCACUGAUGUUGCCGCCCGUGGCCUAGAUAUCCCAACUGUUGAUUUCAUCGUGCAAUUUGAUCCCCCCGAUGACCCUCGUGACUACCUCCACCGUGUCGGUCGGACAGCAAGGGGUAGCAAUGGCAAAGGUCGGAGUUUGAUGUUCCUUCAGCCCAGUGAAGUUGGCUUCCUCGGCCAUCUCAAAUCUGCCCGCGUACCCAUCGUCGAGUACGACUUCCCCUCGAACAAGGUCAUGAACGUACAGUCUCAGCUUGAGAAGCUCAUCAAGAGCAAUUACUACCUCGCACAAAGCGCCAAGGAUGCGUACAGAUCGUAUCUCCAUGCGUACGCCAGCCACAGCCUGCGAUCCGUCUUCGACGUGCACAAGCUCGACCUGGCCAAGGUCGCAAAGAGCUUCGGCUUCACCACGCCGCCGCGCGUCGACAUCACCCUGGCUGCCGGGCUGAGCCGGGACAAGGUCCAGGGCAGGCGACCAUACGGAAGCCAGAACCCCAAUAGGGGCGGGAAGCGAGGGAAAUUCUAG